AUUGGAGGGAGAGCGACGGUCGGGAGCCCAGGAGGCGGGGCCACAUCGAGGCCAUGGAGCGUCUGCUGCAGCAGGUCCGAGCUACUCACACACACUACUGCUGUGGAGACUCCUCAAAGCUCCAGAACCCGAGCAGGAAGCAGUCUGUGUCCAGAAGUCUGAAGCAUCUCUUUAACUCCUCCAACAAGUUUGUAAAGACUCUGAGGAGGGGGAUCUACCUGGCUGCUGUCUUCUACCACAAGGACAGUUUACUGGUGACGGCCGAGGACCAGAUCCCCAUCGUGGAGGUGGACGACUCCUACAGCAGCUCCUUAAUGCAGGACUUCCUCUGGUUCACCAAGCUGUCCUGUAUGUGGGAGGACGUCCGGUGGCUGAGACAGAGUAUGUCGGUGUCCAUGUCUUCAUCCUCCACCCUGCAGGCUCGGCACAAGAUGCUCACCGCCGCCAGCCAGCUGCAGAACCUCCUGGGGACUCACAACCUGGGCCGGGUCCACUACGAGCCCAUCAAGGACCGACACGGCAACGUGCUGCUGGUGACCAUCCGCGAUGUGGAGAGCCAGCACUCGCUGCUCAGCGGGAAGUGGAUGCAGGUGACCAAGCUGCAGAGCCAGAAAAAGUCCCUGUCCACACCUGAGGAACCGUACGCCCUCGACAUCCUCAUCAUCACCAUACAGGACAUCUUGGCGUACCAGCGGCGCAGCACCCACCGUCUGGCCCCGGGACUCUACCUGGGUUACCUGAAGCUCAGCAGCUCUGUAGACCAGAUCAAAGUCCUGGUGUCCCAGCGGACCCCCAACAUGCUCUGUCACAGCCGCAUAAGAGAAAACGCCAACGUGUCCAGGGAGGAGUGGGACUGGAUCCAGAUGCUGUCGGCUGCAGGUGACAAGAGCGAGGAGGCGGAGUCCAGUACAGAAAGCCACGCCCCUUUACUGUACUACGAGCUACAGACGGCGAUCAAGUCUCUGCUGAAACACCUGAACCUACCUCUGCCCCAGGCCCGUCACUUCCGCCUGUACAGUCAGGAGGUUGUGGAGCUCGGUCACGGCGUCUCCUUCCUGCUGCUGUUGCCGGCGGCCGACGACGUUUGCUCCGCCCCCGGACAGUCCAACCCCUACACCCCCCUGUCAGGGUUCCUCCACCUCCCUCUGCAGAUGUUUGAGCUCG